UUCGCUGGCUGGCUGCAUGCAGAGACAGUAACAGCAGCAUGGCUUACAGUGCGAAGAUCGGUCCGUCCAUCCUGAGCAGCGACCUGUCCUGUUUGGGCAGCGAGUGCGUGCGGAUGAUGGACUGCGGGGCAGAUUACCUGCACCUCGAUGUUAUGGACGGGCACUUUGUCCCCAACCUCACAUUUGGACAUCCCAUGGUAGAGUGCCUAAGGAAGUCAGUAGGCCAAGACCCUUUCUUUGACAUGCACAUGAUGGUGUCUCGGCCCGAGCAGUGGGUGAAGCCCAUGGCUGCAGCAGGAGCCAACCAAUACACAUUCCACAUAGAGUCCACCACCAACCCUGGUAACCUCAUCAAAGAGAUCAGAGAGAGUGGCAUGAAGGUGGGUUUGGCCUUAAAGCCUGGGACUACUGUGGAAGAGCUAGCACCUUGGGCUAACCAGAUCGACAUGGCUCUGGUCAUGACUGUUGAACCUGGCUUUGGAGGCCAGAAGUUCAUGGAGGACAUGAUGCCCAAGGUGAGCUGGUUGAGGAGUCAGUUCCCAUCAUUAGACAUUGAAGUAGACGGGGGAGUCGGCCCUGACACUAUUCACAAGUGUGCAGAGGCAGGAGCCAACAUGAUCGUGUCAGGCAGCGCUGUCGUGGGCAGCGACGACCCUCGCUCUGUCAUCGCUCUCCUGCGCACCGUGGUGGCUGAAGCAAUCCAGAAACGUUCGCUGGACCGCUGAGGUGUCCUCUUUGUGACGAAGCUAACAGCCCAUCCCAGCAACAGACUCGACACACACUUUUCUGGGGUUGAGGUCAGGGGUUAGGGUCAGAGCAGGGCACUGAUGGCCUAAUCCAAAUCACUUCGAUGUGAGUGACACUGCACCGUGCCUCUACAAAACAUUUUGAAUUCCAUCCUGUCCGACCACAAUCGCCUCUCUGAACAGUUAACUGAAUUUGAGUCUCAUCUCAGCAUGCGGGACAUCCAUUUGAAGACCGGAGCUGAGGUUAUGCUUGUUUCACAUAUGUAAACAUUCCAGAAUAUUGUUUGACACUGUCUUAAAUUGAUAUUAUGGAAAUAAAAUGGUCCAAGGA